UUCUUGCAUGCAAUCUCUCAAUCCAUUGGUUUGAUUUUUCCUAAAUUUAUUCUUAAUUUCAGUUUCUAUGAAAUUUGGCAAUUUGUUAACCGACGACGACGGCGAUUAUCCGACGCCGAGCAGUUCCGAUGCCGCCGAUAGUUGGCCGACCAGCGAUGCGUCGCCGUGGAAUCAAACUUACCCCUUCAUGAAAUCUCCCUGUUUUCCUCAACUUCAAAACGGCGUCGUUCACCGGAAUACUUCUCUGAUUGGGUCCCUUGUUCGUGAGGAAGGCCACGUGUACUCCCUGGCCACUGCCGGCGAGCUGCUCUACACCGGCUCCGACAGCAAAAACAUCCGGGUCUGGAAAAAUCUCAAGGAAUUUACUGGGUUUAAAUCCAGCAGUGGAUUGGUUAAGGCAAUUAUAAUUUCCGGCCAAAAAAUCUUCACCGGUCACCAAGACGGAAAAAUUCGUGUCUGGACCGACGGGCACCGGCGGGCUGGGACUUUGCCGGCGAUGAGAGACGUAUUGAGAAGCUUGAUUAACCCGCAAAACUACGUCGUUUUGGGAAGGAACCGGAGCCGGCUUUGGUUUAAGCAUGUCGAUGCGGUUUCGAGCUUGAGCUUGGGUGAAGAUGGCGCGAUAUUGUACUCUUGUUCUUGGGAUCGAACCAUGAAAGUUUGGAGAAUUUUGGAUUCGAAGUGUCUUGAAUCGAUUAUUGUCCAUGAUGACGCUGUCAACGCCAUAGUUGCAGCUCCGGACGGCUCGGUCAUUACCGGCUCGGCGGAUGGUUCGGCUAAGGUAUGGCGGAGGAAUCAUGAAGUAGGGGAUGAUGCAACAAGGCACACACUCGAACAAACGCUACUGAAGCAAGAUAGUGCGGUGACGGCGGUGGCCGUCAACGCCGCCGGUACGGUGGUAUACUGUGGAUCCUCCGACGGAGUGGUCAACUUCUGGGAGAGAGAAAAGCGGUUGACUUACGGCGGGGUGCUCAAGGGUCAUAAUCUGGCCGUUCUUUGCCUUGCUACGGCGGGGAACUGCAUGGUACUCAGCGGCUCUGCCGAUAAUAACAUAUGUGUGUGGCGGAGGGAUGGGCUUUUUCACACGUGUGUGACGGUGCUGAUGGGUCAUACCGGACCUGUGAAAUGCUUGGCUGUGGAGGAAGAUCUCCGCCCGUCUAAACGUGGCGGUCGGUGGUGGAUUGCGUACAGCGGCAGCCUUGAUAGAUCGGUGAAGGUGUGGGGUGUUCCCGACGGCUACUGAUCGGAAUUUGUCACGGUGGUUGCUGAUCAAUAUGGAGGAAAUGAGAGGUUCCACGUGGCAGAAACAAAUCAUUAUGUGGCUGAUUAUCUGACACGUGGAAUGAAAAGUGACAAAUUUGUCGUACAAAAUAGUUCGAAAGCAUUAUCUCUAGUUUCAAUUACACAAUUAAACUUGGAUUAUAUUUCUUAAAUACACACUAAAUUACUGAUUUA